UUACAAAAAUGACUGAUUUAGUAAAGAGAUUAAAGAGCAAAUCAAAUGUUAACGACAACAACGCUGCUGAAAAACCUAAAAGCGCCAGCUAUGAAACAAUACCUACUUUUAAAAGAAACAAAACAUCGCUACGGGUCCUAUCACGCAUUGUGAUAAUUACAUCUCUUCUUAUCGUUGUAUAUUUCACUUCUGCCCAUGACAAAACCAAGACCUUCGCCAAGCAGUCGGAGAUGUUAGUAGGCAAGGGUCAAAUGCUGCAAUGUACAGUGGAUUAUAUGAACUCAUUAGUCGACCAUGGGCGAUGUUUUAUAAAGGAAUGUAAACGAUAUGUAUCUGAUAAAAUAAUUACUGCUGAAGAAGCUGAAGGAUUGUUAGAGAUACUACAAAAAGCACUUAAGGAAGGAGAGUCUGCAGGCGGCGCUAGCACUUUGGACUUGCAUAGUGGACACCUAUCAAAGGGAGACCAUUUCAUCAAUAUUUAUUAUAAACCUGAUAUAAAAAAGUUGUUUAGUGAAGAAGAUUUUCAACUUUAUGCGAAUGUGAAAGAGAAAGUGCGACAUGCAGUAGCACACCACUUUGGUGUGAACCCAGCUCUCAUUUAUCCAACCCGCCCUGGAUAUUUCUCAGCAUUGACUUCAAAAGACCCUGUCACUCCACUUGAUAAGUACUGGCAGCCUCAAAUCGAUUAUCUAUCCCACAGAGGGAACCAUUUCUCGGCAUAUCUUUACCUGAACAACUACAAUACAGACUUCAAAGGUGGACGCUUCAUAUUUACAGACCAACAUCUGAACCGCACUGUUGAGCCAAGGAAAGGGAGAGUCCUAAUUUAUACAAGCGGGCCUGAAAAUCGCAAUUACAUAGAAAGGGUUACCUCCGGAACUAGAUACGCAAUAAAUAUACCCUUUACAUGUAACAAAGAUUUUGCACUAGAAGAGCCUAGCUUAAGUAAAAAUACACUGUGAUUUCAUUAAUCUCAUUUGUUACGUACCUAUAUUAAAAUUUAGACCCCUUAUCUUACAUUCCAAUUGUUAUUGUUAAACUUAUUGUAAUUAUACUUUAGUUACGGCGUGCAAACAUUCCAAUUAUUCUUGUUAGUUACUGUUAU